AAUGCUAAUGAUACAGUAUUAAACUGCAGAUCUCCGAUACAGCGGAGGAAGGAUACAGAAGAAGAAGAAGAAGUUAUAUCAUACAGAGAACCAAACUGAAGGAGAUUACAACUAUACUGAAUUCGUAUUUUUGUGUAAUCCAAAGCCAAAAAGAUUGCUUCAAAAUUUUAAAGUAACCCCACACCAUCCUCCUCCUCUUCCUUCUUCUUCUUCUUCUUCUAUCUGCUUGCUGUCGUUAAAAUAUUUUUUCAUUCUAUUCUUCAUUUUUUUCUUAUAGUCUCUAAUGCAGAGUUAUUGAUGAGCUAGCUGUUUUCAUUGUUUGCGUCUGGUUUGCUAUGUCACCGACACCAUCAAUCAAACCGAAAAAGAGAAGAACUCUAAAAAUGAGGAGUUUGAGAUUUAAGAUAAAACAUUACCUGCGGAUGUCCAGCGGGCCUGCAGAUCGAAUUCAUGUAUUGAGAACUCUUAUUACAGCACUCGUGAAGUAUGAACGUAUAGAAUUGGGGUACAGGAGAGCUUUUGAGACCCAGAAAUAUGCGGAAAGGCUAAUCCACAUUGCAAAGAGAGGUGAUACAGAUCCUGAGGCAAUGAAGAUAGCAGAUUUCUGGUUGAAGGAUAAGAAGCAAAUCCACAAGCUUUUCAAAGUACUAGGGCCCCGCUUUGAGGAUACAUCCACAAAUUUCACUCGCCUCCUUCGCAUACCGGGCUUUCAUGAAGACAAGGGCCGCAAGAUAGCUUUCUUGGAGUACGCAGGAAAUCCAUAUCCACCUCUCACUAAUGAGCCCAAGAAAAACCCGGACUGGCUGCUGAAUGUUCUCGUCGAUGGAGCCAUCAAUGAGCUCAAGGACUCAAAGGCCCUGGAAGAGAUUAAAGUUAUUGCUGCAUCAGACAAGCAGUAUCAGGACAACCUUGAGGGUAUUCAGUAUGUCGUUGACAUGAUGGCAAUGGCAGAAUUGAAAGAUGGAAGUUCUUUGAAAGCAGGGAAGAACGAAGGCACUCCUGUAUGACAUAAUCUGUGCAAGGAGAAUAUCACUAAACUUGAGGAAUGAAUGUCCCUAGAGGUCAAAGGUCAAAUAGGGUGAAAGGUGAAAGAUGCUGGAUAGACAAUUCUUGUUGAAAGUGGAUGAUCAUUCUCUUCGAUGAUAUAAGAUAAGAGUGGUAUACAGAGACCUAGAGUAUGUUGCAGAAAGAAUUCUGUUUGUACGCAAUAAGUGUAAGUCCCUAAUACUCAUGUUUCAUUGGUCGAAAAUCAAGUUGCAUUUGAUUUUUUUAGUUAUAUUUGAUAGCAGCUCUUUCUACAAAGGGCCCAUGGCCCCAUCUUACAAAGUUAUGAUUGAUCCAAUAAAUUUCAACUAUUGAAAGCCAGCAACAACAUCACCUAAAAUUAAUACAUCCUUUUGUAAAUUUUGAUUUGAUUUUGUUUUAUUAAGUUUCCUAACAAAAUCGGCAAAUAUACCCUUCACAUGUGUAUUAUAUGAAAUAGACUGAACAAACAGUUGAAAGUAUAUAUGUAUCUACAAUUGUGUAAAAUAUUCAGUAUUUUUUUAUAAAAAUGAUACAAUGAGAAAUUCAUGAGACCGCCAUUGGAACUAAUAAGAUUUGAAAGGAUCAUAGCGGCAUAGCCUCUCUUCUCUAAAUUUGAUGUAGACUAAAACAUGAAUCAGUGCUUGACCAAUUUGUUUGCUGCUCUUUGUUUGCAAGCAGACAGUGCAUCUUUGAUGAAGGAUUAUGAUAUUGAUUGCUUUGCAUGUUUGGGUUUGAUGGGAUUAAGUGCAAGUAAAGACAAGGGUCUUGGUCAAUAAUAAGAAGUAAUUCAAUAACAAAUUCAUUGAAGUCAUUGGUAACUUUCAGUCAGUUUUGUCUGACAAAUGCAGUGAUAUUGUUUUGAUUAACUGAGUAACAUUCUAGCUAUGAUAACAGUCAAUGUAUGACCACUUGUCGAUAAUUUCAAUCUUUAGAAACAACCAAGUUGAGCAUGCAAUGUAAAAUUGUUUUAAAUGGUUUUAUCAUUUAUAUUGUAUUAGCGCAAAGCCUUUCUUAUGUUUUAAUAAAACUUUUUGCUAGUACAAUGUAACAUACUCGCAUAUUGUGUCCCAAAGAAACUGGUGUUAAAAAUUGUUGAUAUUUUGUAACUUUCAUAAAGUUGGUGAAAGUGUUUUACUUUCAGUAAAGUUACAUAACUUUUACAGGAAAAUAACCAGAAGGGUGUAACAUUGUAAUUUAUACAACACAUGGAUAGAUCCUUGACAGCUGAUUGGAUGAAAGCGUGUCACGUGACAUUCAGAGGAAUCAGCUAUAGCAAGCUACGAUAUGCUAGCCGUGCUAUAGUCGACUAUUGCACGCUCGUGCUAUAGUCGACUAUAGCACGCUGAAGUAAAUGAGCCAGCACUGCAAGAACCCUGGGCACACUGAACCCAUGGUCAUGCCCCGUACACGUUAAGUGAAUACGCGCAUACGUAAUCACGUUUUCGUAUCUCUGACCGACGUAGCACUGCGCAUACACGUUGUUAAGCUGAACACAAUGCGCGUACGUACGUUGCUAAGCAAAUUAUUCCCAGGGUACGGCUGCGUACCUUCUGGAUUUCCUUCUGGGUUUUAUGGAAUUCGUUCACAAAUUGGACUUCAUGGAUCGCUAUGACUUUGCAGAUCUAUGUUGAAAAUACUUGACUCUCCUGGGAUUACUGGAGUAAAUCUACUGACGCUCAAAAGACAACAUUGUAAGCAAAAUAAGACCUAACACGCGUUAGUCAUAGACUAGACCUAUAGAUCUAGUCUAAAGUAGCUAUCGGUGUUGUAUAAAACAAAUAUUCAAUGUUGUAUUCGUGCGACGUUCCGAAUAUUACAUUCGUUGCAAGUUGAAACAGUCUAUUCAACUCCGCUUCGCGUCGUUGAAUCAGGGAAGUGUUACUGUUUCAACUUGCACACUCAUGCAAUAUUCGGAACGAUCGCACUCAUCAACAUUGAAUAUUUGUAUACUAUACAUGUAGAAUGGGUAUCAUGCAUAAUUACCGAUGCAUGGCCAGCCAUGCAUCCAGUAAAGUUGCCUUGCGUCCGGUAAUUACUUAUGCAUGGCUAACCAUGCAUCAGAAAUUACUUAUGCAUGGUUGUAAAAAAAAAUAUUAGCCCCCAAAAUCCCACCAUUCUGUAAAACAAAUAAUACACAGGUUUGUUUGUGCAUCGGUAGGACUAUUGAGCAUAUAGUAACUAUGGAAAUUAGUCUUAAUCCCACGAGGCACAUUAACAGUUCCCAUAGUAACCUUAUCCUCAUAAAAUGCACUCACAUCUGUGCAUCAUUUGUAUAAUAGAGCUUGAGACCAUAUAUUGAGAAUUGUGACCAUUCAACAAAAACCUUAAAUACUUAUAUUGGUUGGCUCAAAAAAAAAAAGACCAUACGCUUUAAAUUGAUGUAUAACCUGUUGAAAUUGAUAAGAUAUAUCCUAGAAAACUACUCUAUUCCGUGGAAAAUAAUUUUAGUAAGCUAUCCUUAGAAUAAGGAGAAAACAAGGUAUUCAGUUUCAUGUUCAUUCAAGCGUGAGACAUGCUUACUAUGUUGAGAUUAUUAAAUCUUUCAGCAGUCUGAAAUAUAUGGUCUGAUAAAACUCGCUUGAAUUUCAUGACUUCAUGUUUUGUGAGAACAUAGAGGAAGAGUAACUCCUUUAGCUGAGAUGAUUGGUGAAAAUUUUGAUUUUUGGAGCAUUUUUCAAUUUUGACUCGUUAUGGAGAACCAUCUUUGGCUGAAUGGUGCCUUUUUGGUUUCGAAGACAAUGGUCAAAAUUACACUCAGUGAUACUGUAUUUUUUUAACCAGAAAAUGCAGCAAGUUAUCAUAUGAUAUAAUCAAUAAAGAAUCUAAGAAAGUAAUAGUAAAGACAUGAUCAGUACUGAUACUGAUAAUUUCUUUAUUAUUACUGUUCAAGUAUCUUGUCUAUGUGAAAUUUGACCUUAGUGGACAUAGACAACGUUACCUGUAUUAACUUUUCUCUUUAUGAAAGCAUGAACACUUUAUUUUCUAUUGAAUGAAUUUGGAAUUUGAUGCUCAAAGCUCUGAUCUCAAGAUGGAAAUAUAUAGAUGUUUUAUAAUCCAA